AGUUUUGUGACAGCAUGGGUGGUUAAAGCCAUGUUUUAUGUUAGAUAUUUUAUAGCUUUCAUUCAAGAUACAACUGAACUAAGGUUCAAGACACAACUGAACUAAAAUUACGUCUGCAAUCAUACUCGUCUGCAAUGGAUUUUCUGUAUGUUCUCUUUAUUGUAAUAUCAUUAAAAUUCAUUAAUGGAAAUUUACUUAAAAGAAACAAACAUGUUUUUAGAACCCCAAUAAAUGCAUCAUUACCGCUCAGCCAAAUAAAUGAAAUAAAAAGUGUUUGGUCAAGUUUGAAAGAACAAAAGGAUGCGUUUGUAAACAGAAAUGAAGUGAACAAGAAACCAAGAAACUGUGACAUCAUAAAAGAGUAUAAAAUGGAACAAGAAAAAAAAGAGGAUUCUUUUGCACCACAAAGAGAGAUAAACCCUCAACUAUUUGAUGGACAUUCUAACAACUUCGAAUCUAUUGUUACAGCAAAGCAUGAAAUUCAAGAGAUAGAACCAGAUCAGGAUUAUUCCACUUCACUUCACUCCAUUGCACCUGUAAAAAGUAUUUUAUCAGCAUUUAUUGUCGAACUUGUUGAUAGUGUAUCUAUAGCAAAAAGAUCUGCUCGUACAUUGAAUAAUUUUUCCGUAAAUCACAUGGGAUCAUUUAUAAAAGGGAGUUCGCUAGAUUUGCAAAAAGGAAGAUACUCAGCACCUGUUACUGCUCUUUAUCAAUUUUAUUCUACAGUUCACAUCACCAGAUCACUAAAGUUAUCCAGCUUAAGACCAAAUGCCUCAGUAAUAGCAAUGAUUUGUAUUGAUGCUAACUGCACCAAAGGCUCAACAUUGAAGUUUACUUCUGGUAUCUCUUCUAAUUCAAAAGUAUUUACAAUAAACGUGACUGGUCAACUUUACUUAGUGAAAAAUCAAUAUGUUGAAGUCGUGGUAAAAAAUAAUUCAAAAGAUCGAGUGACUGUUAUGUCUGGUACAAUGUUUGGUGGUUAUUUAAUUGGUAUCUAGAAUGUAUUGAUUGGUAUCUAAUAUGUUUGGUGUUAAUCAAUAUUUUGGCAUUAAUCGGUAUCUAAUUUGAAAAAUUAGUUACUUACCCAACUCUUAAUAUUCCUUAUUUGUUUAUAAUGGAAAACUUGUACAUAAUUUAUAGAAAAAAAAUUUUAUUUUGUAAAA